AUGGGAAGUGCAGGUUUAGAGCAAACAAAGGCACGCUUGCACAUCAAUUGUGCACAACCAGCGACAAGAACCUGGCAGAGGAAAUUUGAUGAUGAAGGCAAGAAGAUCGAACAGUUUAGCAUGACCAUGAAUGACAUGAUAUCAAUCAUACCUCUGAUUCUCAAGGGACUGAUGGUAAAUGCCGAUCAAAUGGGAAAAGGCCGGGAUAUACAAUAUGACCCAUUCAGGAAAUGGAUGGACAACUGCUACCGUGGCCUACCCAUUGGUGGCCUUGGUGCAGGAAGCAUUGGGAGAAGCUACAGAGGAUACUUUCAGCAUUUUCAGAUAUUCCCAGCGUUAUAUGAAGAAAAACCUAUCCUUGCAAACCAAUUUUCAGCGUUCGUCUCGCGUCCCAACGGAAAGAGCUACUCGACGGUGUUGUCUGCGCCGACUGCUGAUGCCCUCAAGGGAGUCGAUAAGGCCACUAUUGGAUCUUGGGACUGGAAGCUUAAGGAGAAAAACUGUACUUAUCAUGCCUUGUUUCCAAGAUCUUGGACAGUUUAUGAUGGUGAGCCUGACCCUGAAAUCAAGAUCACCUGCCGUCAGAUAUCGCCGAUCAUCCCUCACAACUACAAGGAGAGCAGCUUCCCUGUUGCAGUUUUCACUUUUACGGUGCAAAAUUCUGGGAGAACACCUGCAGAUGUAACAUUGCUCUUCACAUGGGCUAAUUCAGUUGGUGGGAGAUCAGAGCUGACUGGAAAUCACACCAACUCCAAGAUGAUAGAGCGUGAUGGUGUCUUGGGAUGGCUGGCACCAAAUGAUGUAGGACUGCGGAUGGGCACCCGCUGGUGA